CACUGUGCGCAUUACGCACGCCAUGUUGCUAAAACUAGCACGUGUGAUGUGAAUAUGGAAUAAUGGCAAAUGGACAAUAGAGUUUGCUGUUGUAAAUUUGAAAAUGAUGGUCGAUUUUUCGCCCUGAUCACUCCAGAUGGUCGUCUUAAGGUUUGGGAUUGUAAUAAUGGUAAACUAAAACACGAUGUUACCCCAAAAAAGAGCUUACAGAGCUCUCCUCUUACAUGUCUUUCGUGGAGAGUCAGCGAAAAAAUUCAAACGAAACGUCGUAAGAGAAAAGCCAAUGAAAAUAUCUCUCUAUUGGAAUCAUCUUGUGAGAUUGCAGUUGGAAGUAAAUGUGGGAACAUUUUACUGUUCAAUGUUUUGACUGGUGAAUUUACAAAUAAUCUGAAAGAAGGACACGUGGACAGAGUGAAUGAUGUUAAAUUUCAUAGAACUUCAAAUUUUAUUUAUUCUUGUUCAAGCGAUCGUUACAUUGCCGAAUGGGAUAUGGAAACAGAGGAAAUUAAAUGCAAGUGGAAAGGUGACAAAUUAAGUGUUCAUUCCCUACAAGUAAGCCCUAAAGGAGAUUGUUUGUUAUCUGCUGGUCGUGAUAUUCGUUUAUGGGACUUGGGAACUAAAGAAAUUCUUCAAAAAUUUACUGGUCAUGCAACGUCCGUAUCUCAACUUUUGUUCACUCAACUUAAAAAUGAUCAAAUGUCCAGCUCAUGCGAAACAGAUGGUUUUUAUUUUCUGUCAUCUGCUGAACAAGAUAGAUUUAUUAAUGCUUGGAAAGUCGAUUUGAAAUCUGCUGAUAGGAGCUCUGUUGUUUCAUUUGCAAUAUCCGAUGAUGCUGUCUCUAUUGAACUCUCUCGAUUUAGUGGAAAAUCAAAAACCUUGUGCUUAGUUGUUGUAUCAUUAGAUGGUCAACUUCAAUUAUUCAAACCAACACUUAAUGGACCUGUGAAAAAACCAGUUAAUCCACAAACAACAUUACAACUAGCUACACCAGCAACAAAGGAAACCACACCUGAGCCAAUUCCUGUUAUAUCUGCUCAAUUUGUUGAUAGUUCAGAGCCUUCACUGCUCAUUGCUUAUGGAUCUGUGGCAAAACCAGUUUUUGAAACCAUUAACUAUGAAACCUUGGAUGACAAUGUUUGUCUGGUGCGGGAUUACCGGCCUGGCUUACUUCUUAGAGAGGAAAAUAACAAUCAAAGAUCUGGCACAAACAAAGCUGUUGUGAAGAAUGAUCUUUUAACAACUGUUAGUGUUGAGAAUAUGGCUCUUGCUCGGCCAUCAUGUGGAGAAAGUGGUAGUAGUACUCAUAUAAAUGAAGAAUCAACAAGAAAUACAAACAAAGAGCCGUCGAUGGAAGAUCGUUUAAAAACAAUGAAUUUAACACCGUCAACGUCCGAGGGAACAACCACUUCUACAAGAGGCUCAACUCCAAAAGUUGGUUCUCUAACUCAGAUGCUCGUUCAAGCUUUAAAUAGUCAAGAUAAAAAACUGCUCGAGGACGUUCUGAAUGGCAGCACAAAACCUAAAGUUAUUCAAAGUACUUUACGACGUUUACCUGUGAAUUAUGUUAUUCCGUUUUUGACAGAGCUAGUACAACGUAUACAAUCCUCGCCGUCGAGAGGCAGUCAUCUGGUACCGUGGAUUAAAAAUAUAAUGAGCAUACAUAUGGCAUAUUUGAUGACCGUACCGAAUCUUGUUGAUUCACUUGGUGGUUUAUAUCAACUUUUUGAAUCACGAGUUGGUAUUCACAGUCGUCUAUGUAAGCUACAAGGUCGCUUGGAUUUAAUGUUGUCUCAGGUUGCAGCUCAAACAGACGAAGUUAUUGAGAAAGAUCAAUUGAAUGAACCAAUGAUGAUCUACAAAGAAGAUGAUUCUGAUCAAAUGUCAGAUUUUGAAGCGGAGAGUGAUGGCUCCGUUGAAUCAAUGGCAGACGUUGUUUCUUCAAGUUCCGGAGAUGAAUCAGAAGAGGAUGCAAGCACAUCGGAGGAUGACGGAAGAAAAUCAGAGUUGUAAAUCAAAAAUAGCGAAGUUAAUAUAAUCACGUGAUACGAACGUUUAUAAUCUGUAAAAAAAUUUUAACAAAAUUAUGACGAAGGUAAAAUUCGUUA